AUGGGGUCUGCCGGCAUUCUUGCAGUCUGCCAGGCUUUUGGCCGUCUACUCCAGCGACGGAGGAAGCAGGGAGAGGAGAGCGGGGGAGCGGCGGCGGCGGAUUUGGGUUACAAGGGUCUGGGCUUGAUGCUGCUAGACUACAAUCUUGGUGAGAUCGGGAUGGUGAUCUCAACAAGUUUUCUUUUGGAACUUCCCAUUAUUCUAUCUCAUUUGAAUCCUUUCUAUAUGAAAUCGAAGGCUGAAGUAUCUCAAGUUGAGGAUAGCAUACGGAAAUUACAGCAGGAGAUAAACUCUGCCCAAUUAAAUGCUACAAGGUUAAAUGAGGAAGAAAGGAAAUUAUCCGAAGAACUACAGGGCAUUAUUAAAAACAUCGGUGACAUCGGAAAAGAGAUAGAAGAAGAUGGACGUAGGUUCAAUCAACUGAAAUGUCAAAUUGAUGAUCUACGCCGCCGCCAACAUGAUAAAGAUUCACUACCUUGUGUUGUUUGCUUUGAUGCAGCAACUGGCAGCGACUGCUGGUCCGUUGCAAUUGAUUAUGCAUUAGGGAGGUUAUUAGAUGCUUUCAUUGUCUCAUGUCAUAAGGAUUCACUCGUUUUACGAGAAUGUGCGAAAGAAGCGAACUACCGCAAUCUUCAAAUUAUUAUAUAUGACUUCGCAAAACCACGGGUUGAAAUUCCAGAUCAUUUGCUUCCUUCAACACCACACCCGACAGUACUUUCAGUUAUCCAUUCGGAAAAUCUUACUAUACUAAAUGUAUUAGUGGUUCAGAGGAUACGAAAUCUGAAGGAAGUAUAUGCUUCUGAUGGUUGCAAAAUGUUUUGUAGGGGUCCUGUUCAGACCACUAUUCCUCCAAAUGGGAACUGGAGAGCUGGUCGUUUGUGCACUUCUCUAGAAGAAAAAAUAACUGAAAUGGAGCAGGAAGCUACUGAAAUUAGGCAAAUAAACUCAGAGAGGUUGGAUCGCAAAAGGAAAUUAGUUGCUGAUCGAGAAAGCAUCGAUUUGGAAUUAAGACGUUUAAAGAAAAAAAGAGAAAAUGAGGAGUUGAAUCUGGAGCGUAAAAAGGCGCAGUUGGAUGAGACCAAGAAAAAUUCUAUUGACAAUAGUCAUGCUGCUGCUGUGGAUACCUCUGAGCUAGUAGCUGAAAUGAUGCAAGUGAAGGAAAACAUUGGGAACCAAGAAUUAGCUCUGCAGAAAAUUAAUUUGGAACUUACAGAUGCUUUGCAAGAAGAGAAUAAUAGAAGAGCUUCUUAUAAGGACUUUAUUGAGUCUGCAAAUGCUAGAAAUAUCUCUGCACUCUGCUUCCCUGUGCUUGCUGGUCCGUUCUCGUCGAAUGUCGAAGCUUAUCUGGACGCGUUCCAGGCCAGACUGGCGCAUGCAGGCCGCCUCUCGCCGGACCAGCAAGCUCAGCUCUUCACCGGCGGCCUUCCUGAUCAUAUCCGUGUGGAUGUCGAGCUCCACGAUCCGCGCGACUUGCAGCAGGCGAUGCGCUUAGCGCGCGCGUAUGAACGCCGGAACGGCCCACAACAGCUGGCUCUACCGGCACCACCGGCGCGCCCUAGGCGCCGUGCCUUGACCGCCGCCACGGCGUCGUCCUCAGCAUCAGCCGUGGAGUAUUUUGAAAAGGCUUCAACAAUUUGUGCCGAGAGUGAAGUGCAAGCUCUUGGGGGUGUCGAUGGAUCCAUAGAACAAUUAAGUGCUCGUAUUACUAAAUUAAAGCAGAAAGUUCAGCAAGAAAGCAGAAGAUAUACUGAAACCAUUGACGAUCUGAGAGCACUGCAUGACAAAAAGGGACAGAAGAUCCUGAGAAAACAACAAAUGUAUACAGGUUUUAGGGACAAAUUAAAUGCAUGUCAAAAGGCAUUGGACUUGCAAUGGAAGAAGUUCCAGAGAAAUACGGGUCUUUUGAAGCGUCAGCUAACGUGGCUGUUCAAUGAGCACCUGGGAAAGAAAGGUAUCAGUGGGCACAUCAAUGUAGACUAUAAGAACGAAGUUCUGUCUGUUGAGAAAGCACCAUUUAGGGCCAUGGAUGAGUUUGAUGUAUUCAUGGAUGCGGUGAGCCGCAAAAUAAGCUUAGGCACCCUAGUAGAAUUUGUUGUUGAACAAGGGUCUCAAUGGAUAUUUAUAACCCCUCAUGAUAUCAGCAUGGUGAAGGCUGGGGAUAGGAUCAAGAAGCAGCAAAUGGCCACCCCUCGUGGUUGA